AUGAGUGUCUCAAAAGUGCCGAGUAACGAUUAUUGCGACUAUCGCAGCCCAUUGUCGACUCGAUAUGCUUCGAAGGAAAUGCGAUACAAUUUCAGCGAUCAGAACAAGUUCAGCACAUGGCGCAAGCUUUGGAUUUAUCUGGCCAAAGCUGAAAUGGAACUCGGUCUAGCGAUCAAACCGGAACAAAUCGUCGAAAUGGAGGCCCACGUGGACGACAUCGACUUCAAAGCCGCCGCAAAAGAAGAAAAGGCGACGAGGCACGAUGUGAUGGCGCACGUUCAUGUAUUCGGUGAACAAUGUCCCCUGGCUGCGCCUAUUAUCCAUCUUGGUGCAACCAGCUGUUACGUGGGCGAUAAUACGGACCUCCUGAUACUCCGCCAAGGCUUCGAUAUAUUACUUCCAAAGCUAGCCGGCGUAAUUCAGCGUCUCACGAAAUUUGCUUACGAAAACCGCAAUCUGCCUACUUUGGGUUUCACUCAUCUUCAACCCGCACAACUGACAACGGUUGGCAAAAGGGCGACGCUAUGGCUGCAGGACUUAUUGAUGGAUGAGAGAGCUAUACGUCGCGCCAGAAACGAUUUGAAAUUCCGCGGAGUUAAAGGCACUACAGGCACUCAAGCGUCUUUCCUUCAGCUUUUUAAUGGUGAUGCUAAAAAGGUGAAACAAUUAGAUGCUCUCGUGACUAAGAUGGCUGGUUUCGAGAAACACUACCCCGUCACCGGACAGACCUACAGCAGAAAAGUCGACAUCGAAUGUUUGAACGUUUUGAGUUCACUUGGUGCUACCGUUCACAAGAUUUGCACAGACAUCCGUCUUCUCGCUAAUAUGAAAGAAAUCGAGGAGCCUUUCGAAAGCACGCAAAUAGGAUCCAGUGCGAUGCCCUACAAACGAAACCCCAUGCGCUCUGAGAGAUGUUGCAGUGUAGCACGUCACCUGAUGGUUCUUGUAAACAACACUCUUCAUACUGCGGCGACUCAAUGGAUGGAACGAACGCUAGACGAUUCGGCGAAUCGCCGGCUUGUCCUAGCGGAAGCUUACUUGUCAGCCGACUCGAUCCUGAUGACUCUCGAGAACAUCACGGAGGGAUUAGUCGUUUAUCCUAAAGUCAUCGCCAGACACGUGGCACAGGAGUUGCCUUUCAUGUCCGCGGAAAAUGUGAUCAUGGCCAUGGUGAAGGCCGGAGGCGAUAGACAAAUUUGCCACGAGAAAAUCCGUAUAUUAUCGCAAGAAGCUGGAGCGCAAGUGAAGCAACACGGCUUGGAUAACGAUUUGGUUGAUAGGAUCAGAAAGGAUUCAUACUUUGCGCCCAUUUUAUCUCAACUGAACAUUCUGCUGGACCCGUCAACCUUCGUCGGUAGAGCGCCCGAGCAGGUUGUCGAAUUUCUUGAAGAGGAGGUGUAUCCUGUACUCAAAAAUUACAAGGGAUUGGAAACUGGAAAAGUUGAACUUAAUAUUUGAUUAUGUGUUAUAAAAAUCUCUUCAUGUUUCUUCCAAAGAAGUCUGUGUGUGAUGUUAGGUUAUUAUUCAGUUUAUCGAUAAGAAAUACGUGCACAACUUUAUUCAUUGCGUUAACAUUUCUUAUAUUGAUAAAUUUAAUAAAAUUACAUUAUUAUACAGAAAAAUAAUUCGCACUGUUCGUCGCAAAUGCGCGCAUCCGUACGCGUUCUUUAAUGCGGGGUCUACAAUAGAAGUCGUAACAAUCGUAGAGUCUUAAG